AUGGUGAACCAAGAGGCGGUGGUCGAUUAUCGCGAGAGUGACACCGAGUCGGACUAUGAUUCGGAUCGCGAUCUCUUCAAAACCUCCAUCAGCAACGCCAUAGACAGUGAUGAUGAAUUCGAGAAGAUCACCUCGAUCCCCAUGCAACAAUUGCAAAAGUUGCACUUCCGCGAGUAUUCCGACGACAAAACGAAGAAGAAAAAGAAGGGCAAGGGCGGUGGAGUGAAGAUCGAGCACGAGUACGAUAAAAUGGAUCCAAUCGAUGUGCCGAGGAUUCACUUGGAGGCGAAUGCUCAGCUAGAAGUCUUGGGAAAGGCUUCACAAAGCGUGGAUUGUCUGCUGAAAAUUCCCUGCGACACAUUUGCCAUCUUGGACUUUGACACAGUGCUCUUUGAUGAGCAGAGGAAAGUUUUCGGAGUGGUUUACGACAUUUUGGGUAGUGUCCGUGAGCCGAUCUAUCUGGUGAGAUUCAAUUCGGCUGCCGAAGCGCAUGAACAAGUUGGCAAAACGAUCUACUAUGCGCCCAACAACAAAGGGAUCACGAAAAUGAUCAUGUUGGAAGAGUUGCAAGCGAUGCGGAUCACGGACCAUGUGGAAAUGGGCGAAGAGGAGUGCCCCGAUUUCUCCGAUGAUGAAAAGGAGAAACAAUACUAUCGAGAGAAACAGAAUCUGAAAAGGUCAAGAAAUCAAGCAAAUCAACCUCGACACUUAAAUCAGCACGGGCAUUACGGGCAACAACAACGCCAAACACCGCAACGCCGCUGGCAAAACGAUUGGCACCGAAAAGAAUACUGCUACAGUGAGCAGGGGUAUUUCUACGAGGAAAAGAAGGGACUC